CCUUGUUCUCCUCCUCGUCAAGUACAGGAGCCGGCAAUCACUGCCCACUGAGAGCCGGCUGACGACAUGGCUGCUAUAAGAGCUUUGGACUCCCAUUUUUUUCCGCCACUUACCGUGUGAUUUUUUCCCCCUGCCACCGGACCACCGACCGAACCACUCAGUCAAGUAAGCCAUGGCGUACCAGACAGAGAUGGUUGUCAACACACAGCCCCAGAUGACUGUCACCAGCUACUCCAUGACAGCCGGCUCCUCUAAUUGGAGCUCAGAACUGUGUGACUGCUGUGAGGACUGCGGCAUCUGCCUGUGUGGGACGUUCCUGCCCUGCAUCCUGGGCUGCAAGGUGGCCCAAGACCACGGGGACAGCUGCUGUCUGCCCUUCUUGCCCGGCGCCAUGAUAGCCGUCAGGACCAGCAUGCGUGACCGAUACAACAUCCAGGGCACUAUCUGCGAUGACUGGAUAGCUGUGGCCUGCUUCCCGCUUUGUGCAGUCUGCCAAAUGGCCAGGGAGCAGAAAGCAAGAGGAGUAUGAGGCUGAGGCUGAUGCUUGAGACUCCUGCAUAUCUCUACAAGGAAAAUAUCUUAAGCUGACAUCACAAUAUUUAAAUAACAGUCUGCAUUUCCUGACACAUUUUUUUCUUUUCUUUCCCCAUCAAACAAUUGAUGCCAAGUUCUUCCUGAGAGAAAAAGUAGUUAGAAUGGUGAAUAUAAGACAACGAUGGAAUAAAUACAAUUUAAUUGUACAGAAGGUGGCCCCUGAGCUUGAUCAUUUUCAUUUAGGAAACUGAUUUCAUGACUUUUACAAACAUGCAUGCAACUUUUUUCCCCUGUGGAAGAUGUAAAGAAAGCUACAAAGUU